GCCCGCGUGUUAAGGCCCUUCGAGGUGGAAGGAGUAAUUGUCAGUCUUGUGCUAGAAAAGGGGGAGAGUGGACAGUGCUCGCCAGAGGGAUUUUCGGGGUCUCCUGUUCUGCUUUUCUCUCGUUUAAGAAUCUCGAACUUACUCAAGGCAGUGUUUCGGCAAACCGAGUCUUAACGGCGCCAUCACGAUCAACAAUUUGCACUGAAAAUGGGAGCGAGGCUGAGCGUCCGCCGCAAGAAGAGCCGCGUCGUGCAGCUGGCCCCGGAAAAUCAAAGACGUGUCCUGAACCAAAGCCGACCCCGCUACCGCAGUCCGCAACGGGAGAGCCAUCCGUAUGAUGAUGUCUACAGCAUUGCAGCCCGGGAGAGCGGUCCUUACGAUGAAGUCUUCUGCAGUCCUGACGUCUGUCACAACCCGAGAUGCGAGAGCCAGCAGUACGACAACGUCUUCCACAGCCGCGGAAACGAGGUCAGCUACACCCCGAGACGUGAGCAUCAGGUGUACGACAACGUCUGCAGCAGCCCUCUGCAACGCGCCGCUUUUUUACCCCCACGUGUUGACAGAAACUUUUGUUCUAAGGGUCGUUCCAGCAACGAGCGACAAAGCCGGGAGUGCAUCAUGCAUUACCGCGACUACUACAACCUAGACUUGGUCAGAGAAUCAACAGGUUCUUCGAGAACUUCCCAGGUCCACGGCAGAGCAUCUCGCUCUCACUUACGGGAAUCAACUGGUUACGUGACGCCGAACGCAAUUGCGCAAUGGCAGGUAGUGGCGUUCAGGGAGGAGCUCGCGAGGGAGAGGAGCGAAAGCUUCAGGAAGAACAGCAUGCAGCGCACAGUGAGGAAAUACACCUUCCAGAGCCGUUUCGCAAAAACUUAGGCAGUUAAGAGGAAAUCUGAAAGGCAAAAAAGUUUUAAAAAUCAAUAAAAAUCCAGGGCAGAAUAAAAGCAAAUGAUGGUGUAUUGGGUGGUACCAAUACUUAAGAUUCAUAGAAAACGGCCAGUCUUGUCCUGUUGAGGUUCGUCGUUUAAAAAAAAAACACUGAAAAGUAGUGGAUUCCUCGCCACCGCACGUACAUAGAUCUGUGUCGUCUCUUGGCAACAGCAAGGGAAAGGCGUCGGUCUCAGCCGCCGCGUCGAAACGUUCUCAUGGAAAUGGCAGAUAACAUGGGACCACUUCUUGAAGGGAGGACUUUGGUAUAACUUCUUUCGUAGCAAGAAUGAAACAAGUAUGUUACAAUAUUGAGUUUAUAAACUAGAAAAUAUAUAAUACAUAAAUAAAAAAUAUCCCAGUAUGUUUAGCCCUUCCUUUAACCUUUUGUAGAAUAAAAGCAGUCUAUUACACCGACAGAAUAAAAAGAUACUACAGCGUGAAUUGACCGCAGGAAUACACUCACGGUGAUGACGGCAAUAGAAGAGCCUCUGAUAAAAUCAAAUACUAUGUGAUACAACUAGCUGAUCAUUCUCUAAUAGUUGCUUAUCAACCACAGACCUCGUGAUGGUGCCAGAUGGUUGCAGUGCCACAGCUAUUAGUGUGACA